AUGACAAAAGAUCUUUCAUACAUACAGAAAAGGCUGGAUUCUCUACAUGAGAUCGACAAAAGAAUCAUCUCGUUUCUUGACAACAUGUCCGAGGCCGUUAAAGACCUUCAAUUGGCUAAGCAGACCAAUGACAAUAAAAAGUUGACUGAAUUCAACAAGAGCGUGGGGUAUUGCUUCGACGAUCUUAGCUAUACAGCAAUUCAUCUUAGACGAGAGAUCAAGUUUCUCAGCGAUAGAAUGAACAGUAAGGCAGAUACAGAUGACUUUACUAUGCUUCCAGUACAGAUCAAUAAGAAAGCUACUUGGGUGAAUGGUGCAAAGAUGCGUCAAGAGAUUAAAGAGAUGAACAAGACUCUUUCCGAUAUUAAGGAAGACUAG